AUGUCAGGGGCUCAUGAUUCUUGUCCUUUGAUAAAGAAUAUUCUUCUUCUAGACUCUGAAGGAAAGCGUGUGGCUGUCAAGUAUUACUCGGAUGAUUGGACAACUAAUGCUGCUAAGUUAGCUUUUGAAAAAUAUGUUUUCUCGAAGACUUCGAAGACCAAUGCUCGCACGGAAGCGGAGAUCACGCUGUUGGAGAAUAAUAUUGUUGUCUAUAAGUUCUCCCAGGACCUGCACUUCUUUGUUACAGGAGGUGAAAAUGAAAACGAGCUCAUCUUAUCAUCUGUUCUUCAAGGCUUUUUUGAUGCUGUUGCAUUACUUCUGAGGAACAAUGUUGAAAAGAUGGAAGCCCUAGAAAACUUGGAUCUCAUCUUUUUGUGCCUCGAUGAGAUGGUUGAUCAGGGGAUGAUACUUGAAACAGACGCAAAUGUAAUUGCGGGAAAAGUAGCAAUGCAGAGCGCAGAAGCAAGUGGUUCACUCUCCGAACAGACAUUAACUCAAGCACUGGCAACAGCUCGGGAGCACUUGGCGAGAAGUCUUCUUACAUGA